AUGUUCAAUAAGUUGAUUCUAAUCUUGGCGAUCCUAGUCAUCAUUCAAUCAAUCCAAGUCUUAGAAUCCAAAGUAACCCAUAAGUUCAUCGAGAGACGACGUGUUGAAACCAGCUAUCCUGGGCCGUCCAGUGCCAAAACUUUAACAAAGCGAAAGACGGAAAGCCCCAGCAAACACACACCAUCUAAAGGGGGUUGUAGCAAUGGCGGUUGCGGAAGAGUCGCAGCUUCCUCGUCCCCGCCCACUUUCUUGUCCGGCCAACCACAUCAUAGAAGCCAAGUCGUGAACGUACAUACAUCUACCCGUAAAGAAAACGAAACACCACACACGAUGGGGAAACGAGAGAAAAAGACUGGGAAAGGCCGACUGGACAAGUAUUACCGACUUGCCAAAGAACAAGGCUAUCGAGCUCGGUCAGCGUUCAAGUUAAUUCAACUCAACAAACGCUAUCAGUUCUUGGAAUCCGCCAGAUGUUGUAUCGAUUUAUGUGCUGCCCCUGGUGGUUGGCUUCAAGUAGCUGCGAAAUGGAUGCCCGCUAAUAGCUUGAUCCUCGGGGUCGAUCUGGUACCUAUCAAGCCUAUUCCUAAGGUCGUGACGGCCACUGAAGAUAUUCGCACUCAAAGCUGCAGGCUUUGGCUUCGUAGUGAAUUGAAGGAUUGGAAAGCUGAUGUUGUUCUACACGAUGGAGCUCCUAACGUUGGGACGGCGUGGAUUCAGGACGCCUUCAGCCAGUCGGAACUAGUACUCCACUCCUUGAAGUUAGCGACGGAAAUGCUGGCGCAGAAUGGAACGUUCGUGACCAAGGUGUUCCGGUCGAAAGACUAUAACUCAUUGCUGUACAUCUUCAACCAGCUAUUUAAGAAAGUCGAGGCUACGAAACCACCUUCCUCUAGAAACGUCUCUGCCGAAAUCUUUGUCGUCUGCCAAGGUUACUUGGCCCCCAAGAAAAUUGACCCUCGGCUGUUAGAUCCUGCUCAUGUUUUCAAAGAUGUCGACUUGACCAAAAGACUUACCGAGGAUCAAGCCGAAGCAAGUAGUAGUAAACUUACUCCAAAUGCCCAGAACGUCUUCAAGCCCGAGAAGAAACGUCGAACGAGAGAAGGAUAUGACGAAGGAGACUACACGUUACACAAAUCUUCGUCAGCCUCUGCCUUGAUCAAUACGAAAGAUCCAGUCAGCAUCCUCGGGGUCGCCAAUUGCAUCAAGUUUGACGAUUCUCAACAAGAUAAAGAAAUAUACAAACUGAAGGCAACAACUGCUGAAAUAAAGACCACCUUGACGGAUCUGAAAGUAUUGGGCAAAGGUGAUUUCAAGAAAAUCCUCAAAUGGCGCACCACCGUUCGAGAACUGCUAGGAAUCGACAGUAAGCCAGUCGAUCAGACGUCAUCAGAGGCUCCCGUAGAGGUUGAACCAAUAGACGAAGAAAAAAUUAUGAAGGAAGAGCUUGCGCGCAUCCAAAACGAAAAAGCUUUGGAAAACAAGCGCGAACGACGGAGACUGAACGAAAAAAGAACCCGUGAUGUGCAGCGCAUGCAACUUCAAAUGACCACUCCCAUGGAUAUCGGAAUAGAAAACGCGGAUGGCGAAGUCUUCGGACUUCAAAACAUGAAUUCUCACGACUUGAGCUCGGAUGAUGACAUGAAAUAUGCCGAUGGAGAAUAUGAUUCAGACUCACCGAUGGACACUGACCCGGAGGACUGUGAAGAUGAAGAGCUUUCUGAGGAUGAAGCAAAACUGCAGAAUCUCGAGGAAGGCCUGGACCUUGCAUACGACGAAUAUCAAGAAAACCAAUUGCGAAAAGACGCCAAACGAAAAGCACGCGAAGAAGCGCGAAGGUCGAAGCACAACGAGGACCAAGAGUCGGAAUGGACUGGUUGCAAUGACCAAGAUGACCCUGCCGAUGAGGAAAAUGAUGAAAUUGGAAGCGGGGAUGAUAUCGAAGUCGUUCGACAGAAAAGAGCUAAAUCUAAGAAAUUUGACGACAACGAUGAUGAUAGUGAUAGCGAUGGGGAAGACGUCACGCUUCAAGCUGCACGAAUUGUUGCCUCGAGGAAAGCACAAGGAUCUGCCUCAAAACCUUUAGCCGCAAAGAAGCCAAAACUACUCGUAGAUUUCGAAGAGCGAAACGACAAGACUGUCGAGGCCCAAGCAUCGGCUGCAGAUUUAUGGUUUGAUCAGCCAGUAUUCAAAGCGUUAGGAGGCGUCGAUGCCUUGAUUCCAGAUGGUGUCGGUGACUCGGACAACGGUCAUGAUGAAUCUCAAGCCAGUAAUGGAAGCAUCUGCUUUGAUGACGACGAGGAUGAAAAAUACUUGGCCGCACCAGAAGUAGAAGACAGUGACAGCGAAAUGGGAACAAUUGAGCCCUCCUCGAUCGGUGGGGUUUGGGACGACGAACUCCCAGAUCCCGAUGAAAAGAACGCCAAAAUUAUUCGAGAAAAAGGGCUGCUCACUCCGCAGGCCAUACAGCUAGCGCUUGACUUGGUCAACCGCAAGAAGACGAAGGAUCAACUAGUUGACUCUGGUUUCAAGCGAGAUGCAUUCUUUGACGACAAAAAUGAACUCCCUACAUGGUUCAUGGAUGAUGAGAUGAGACAUUUCAGAGAACACGUACCGGUAACCAAAGAAGCAGUCAAGAUUUUGAGGGAUAAAAUGAGAGCACUGAAUGCGAGGCCGAUAAAGAAGAUAGCAGAAGCGAAAGGACGCAAGAAAUUACGAACUCUACGCCGGAUUGAAAAGGCUCAGAGCAAGGCCAAUACGGUUAACGAAACUAGCGAUCUAACGGAGAAAGAAAAGUCGCUUGAAAUCGAAAAACUUAUGAGUCGGAUGCACAAAACUCCCAAGACUAAGAGCGACAUCAAAAUCGUAGUAGCCAAAGGUGCGAAUAGAGGUCAAAAAGGCAGACCUAGAGGAGUCAAGGGGCGAUACAAGAUGGUCGACGCUAGAGGAAGGAAAGAGUUGAGAGCCCAGAAAAGGCAAGAACGAGCUUCUUCAAAGAGGAAACGAAAGUGA